GGCAAUAUGGCCAUUUUCACAAUAUUGAUUCUUCCUAUCCAUGAGCAUGGAUUUUUUUUUUCUAUUUGUUUGUGUCCUCUUUUAUUAGUAAGGAUUUUUUAUCAGCAGACAUGAUUAUAUCUGUGAUUUGUAAAGUCAGCUGUAUAGUGAACUAGCCCAGUGGGCAGGCUAUUAAAAUAAUUCAGAGGAAAAAUGAGAACAGCAACAGUGGUGAUAGAGAAGAGAUUUAAAAAAAAUUUUUUUUUCUCUCUGGGGAUGUUAAAUAUUUUUGAAGAAAGGGAGUAAUAAUUGUAACUUGCAAAUGUGUUUUGCCCUACCUCGUUAAAACUACUUUUCAGCAGUGAGUGGAUAGGUUGUAGCACAUGAAUUUUAUUGUUACACAUUAUUAAAAAAUGUCUUAAAAAUAUAUAUGUCUUAAAAAGAUAAGUGAUUUUCCUUGUUAAUUAUUAAAUAUGUAAUCUCAUUUUUUUCUCUUAAUAGCCUUAUGUUAAUAUUGGGGUUUUAUUGUUUUUGCUUUUCAGUACUGUAAGAUUGAUGUUAAAGACAUGGUGUUCACCCCACUUCAUCAGCGUACAUAAGUUAUCUCUUCUUUUGGACCCUUAUUUUAUGCCAUAAUGCAACAAGCUUUAGAACUAGCUUUGGAUCGUGCAGAGUAUGUCAUUGAAAGUGCCCGACAGAGACCUCCUAAAAGGAAAUACCUAUCAAGUGGAAGAAAAUCUGUAUUUCAAAAACUUUAUGACUUGUAUAUUGAAGAAUGUGAAAAAGAACCUGAGGUUAAGCAGAAAUUAAGAAGAAAUGUGAACUUGUUAGAGAAGCUUGUUAUGCAAGAGACUUUGUCAUGUUUAGUGGUCAAUCUGUACCCAGGAAAUGAGGGAUAUUCUCUGAUGCUCAGGGGAAAAAACGGAUCAGAUUCUGAGACCAUUCGACUGCCCUAUGAAGAAGGAGAGUUGCUUGAAUAUUUGGAUGCAGAAGAAUUACCUCCUAUUUUGGUCGAUCUCCUAGAAAAAUCUCAGGUUAAUAUUUUUCAUUGCGGAUGUGUCAUAGCAGAAAUACGUGACUACAGGCAGUCCAGUAACAUGAAAUCUCCUGGUUACCAAAGUCGGCACAUUCUCUUACGUCCAACAAUGCAGACUUUAAUUUGUGAUGUACAUUCAAUAACAAGUGAUAACCAUAAAUGGACCCAGGAAGACAAACUUCUGCUUGAGAGCCAGCUCAUCCUAGCUACAGCUGAACCACUCUGUCUUGAUCCUUCUAUAGCAGUCACCUGCACUGCAAACAGACUGCUCUAUAACAAGCAAAAGAUGAACACUCGCCCAAUGAAACGGUGUUUCAAGCGGUAUUCCAGAUCCUCUCUGAAUCGGCAGCAAGAUCUGUCUCAUUGUCCACCUCCUCCUCAGCUGAGGUUACUUGAUUUCUUACAAAAAAGAAAGGAAAGAAAAGCAGGUCAGCAUUAUGACCUCAAAAUUUCUAAAGCAGGAAAUUGUGUAGAUAUGUGGAAACGGAGUCCCUGUAAUUUGGCCAUACCUUCUGAAGUAGAUGUGGAGAAAUAUGCUAAAGUGGAAAAGUCUAUCAAAUCUGAUGACUCACAGCCAACAGUCUGGCCAGCCCAUGACGUAAAAGAUGAUUAUGUAUUUGAAUGUGAAACUGGUACUCAGUAUCAGAAAACAAAGCUGACCAUCUUGCAGUCGCUUGGAGAUCCACUUUACUAUGGUAAAAUACAGCCAUGUAAAGCAGAUGAAGAAAGUGACAGCCAGAUGUCUCCAUCACACUCCUCCACAGAUGAUCAUUCAAAUUGGUUCGUUAUUGGAUCAAAGACCGAUGCCGAGAGGGUAGUCAAUCAGUACCAAGAAUUAGUCCAGAAUGAAGCCAAAUGUCCGGUCAAGAUGUCACACAGCUCCAGUGGCUCAGCCAGUCUGAGUCAGGUUUCUCCAGGGAAAGAAACAGAACAAACUGAAACUGUGUCAGUUCAGUCUUCAGUACUGGGGAAGGGCGUAAAACAUCGACCCCCACCAAUCAAACUGCCCUCAAGCUCAGGAAAUAGUUCCUCAGGUAACUAUUUUACGCCACAACAGACAAGCAGCUUUCUCAAAUCUCCAACUCCUCCUCCUUCUUCUAAGCCAUCAAGUAUUCCUCGGAAAUCAUCUGUGGAUCUCAAUCAAGUUAGCAUGCUUUCUCCAGCUGCCCUAUCACCUGCCAGCUCAUCACAAAGAUCUGGAACUCCUAAGCCAUCUACUCCUACACCAACCCCUUCAUCGACCCCACACCCUCCUGAUGCUCAGAGCUCAACUCCUAGUACCCCUUCAGCUACCCCUACUCCCCAAGAUUCAGGCUUCACCCCUCAGCCCACUUUGUUAACUCAGUUUGCUCAGCAGCAAAGGUCUCUGAGCCAGGCAAUGCCUGUAACAACCAUUCCUCUUUCCACCAUGGUAACAUCUAUAACUCCAGGAACCACGGCCACCCAGGUCAUGGCAAACUCUGCUGGACUUAACUUCAUCAAUGUAGUGGGCUCUGUUUGUGGGGCCCAGGCUUUGAUGAGUGGUUCAAACCCCAUGCUGGGCUGUAACACAGGUGCCAUAACUCCUGCAGGAAUAAACCUGAGCGGCCUUCUACCCUCAGGAGGUCUGCUACCAAAUGCAUUGCCCAGUGCAAUGCAGGCAGCUUCUCAAGCAGGUGUUCCAUUUGGUUUAAAAAAUACUUCAAGUCUCAGGCCCUUAAAUCUACUCCAGCUUCCAGGUGGUUCACUUAUUUUUAACACUCUGCAGCAGCAGCAACAGCAGCUCUCCCAGUUUACACCACAACAACCUCAGCAGCCCACAACUGCUAGUCCUCAACAGCCAGGGGAGCAGGGUUCUGAACAAGGUUCAACCAGUCAAGAACAGGCCUUAUCUGCUCAGCAAGCUGCUGUUAUUAACCUUACUGGAGUAGGAAGUUUUAUGCAGUCACAGGCAGCUGUGUUGUCUCAGCUUGGCUCUGCCGAGAACAGACCUGAGCAAAGCCUUCCUCAGCAGAGAUUCCAGCUCUCCUCUGCCUUUCAACAGCAGCAGCAACAGAUACAACAGUUGCGAUUCUUGCAGCAUCAAAUGGCUAUGGCAGCAGCAGCAGCACAAACAGCUCAGCUACAUCGUCAUCGGCAUACAGGCAGCCAGUCAAAAAGUAAAAUGAAGAGAGGCACGCCAACCAGUCCAAAAUUCUGAGUCUUGCAUUAUUGUUUGUUCCUUUUUUAAAAACACAAGAGCAUUGAAUCAAAAGGAUUGAGUUUCUACUUUUUGUUUUUUUAAUGUGUCAGUAUUUUACAUUGCUAGAUGUACAAACUUUAUACAGAAGCACAACCUUAUCAUUUUUAAAUAAAAACAGGGAAAUGGUUUAACAAA